ACUGGAAACGAGUGGUAAACCCUCUACAUCAGUUCCUUUCCUCUGAUAAGCCAGCAUCAGCCGGCUGGACAGAACUAAAAAAAACGAACCUUACUAAUUAACUGAUUUUGUAACAUAUUGCUGUGAUUGUGCCAUCAGCAUUUUGCCGUCGCCUGGCACCAGUUUACUGUGAGUCGUGAAAUAGUAACAACGCGAAAUUCGUGAACAAACGAACUUCUGAUCGGAUCGGUGUGUAGUGUGGUACGAAAAAGAGGAAUUAUAAAAAUGCAUGCGUUUCGUGUGCCCUUGGCUGUGCUAAUUGUGGCCGUCGGAUUGACUGUGUGCAAUGGGCAAGCAGAAACGAUAACUCCAAUCCCGACCGAUUCAACUACAACCCUACCAACGACUUCGACCACCGUGACUCCUCCAACGACAAAACCAACUACUUCUACCCCAAGCCCAACCACCACCACUACUACCACCAGUCCCACGACCACCACCACCACCACCACUACGACUACCCCCAGCCCUACAACCACAACCACCGUGGCACCGUCGACGACUACGGUGGCACCGAGCCCUCCGAAACCCGUCCCGGAGCCCGAGAUGGGAACCUGGAGUUUCACAGAUUCCUCGAAUAACCAGACUUGCAUCAUUGCGCAGAUGGCCAUGCAGUUCAACCUCAGCUACUUCGAUGCCACCGGCAAAGCGGUACAAACUCUAUACAAUUUGCCGAAGAAAGUCGACCGAGUGUCGGGCCAGUGUGCUAACAGUUCGGACUACAUUGAGCUGCAGUGGGACAUGGGCAACACGACCAACACCAGCAGCUUGAGAUUGAACUUCACGCUCAACGCCACUGAGCACGAGUUUGUCCUUUCCGGUGUGCAGCUCAAGCUCUCUGUUGUUGGCGAGGCAUUCCCGAAUGCUCGGCCGAGCCAACAGAUCACACUGACUAACAAUCAGACGCUGUUCAAGACACCGCAGGAAAUGUCAUACCACUGCAACAAGGCUCAGCGCCUGAAUCUGACGUCGGACGCGACCGGACUCGGUUUGCCCACCGUAACCGUGAGCAAGCUCCAACUGGAGGCGUUCCAUGCUAAACACAACAGCAACUUCUCGAUCGCCAAGGACUGCGAAGCCAUUGAUACGCCCGACAUUGUCCCGAUCGCGGUCGGAUGUGCCCUGGUUACAUUGAUUAUCAUCAUGCUGAUUGCCUACCUGGUCGGACGCAACAGUGCCCAGACCCAAGGAUACCUGAGCAUGUAAGCACAUCGACUUGCAGCUCGUGAACGGGCGAGUCAUCCAUCCUUCUGCUUACUAUACGCGAAUAUCGAUGACGUUAGGCACAAGGAAACACAUGAUGGAACGUUUUCUUUGGGUGGAUGAGUGACAUUUUCUGGAACGUGUAUUUCUUUUCCCGCGCGCCCGUUCCCAACUCUUUAGAACCGAGUUCCACCUGGAGCUCGGGUUUUCCAAUGCAUGAUUUAACAUUAUCACACUUUCCUUUCUUUAGUCUAUCCUUUUCCUGGGCCUAGUACGUGAUUUCUUCUAAGAUAACACUGAUAAUCUAUUCCAUUUGAUAGAAUACACCGUGAUAUAAACAACACAACAAGUACACUUUUCGUUUGAAUUUGCUCAUUAAAUAGAUCGGUCUGUUUCGUUUAAAAGCUUUCUUGUUUGCUGCAAGGAACAUCAUUCUUUCUCCGCUUUUCUCUUUUUCUUUGUUUAUUUUUCCACUCCACCCUCGGCAAAUCAAUUCGAACUGAAUGGUAGACUAUAGACGCGUGUUAUUAAAAUUUUACUAUGAAAGUCCCGCGUUGGACAACAGGAUAAUACGAUAGUAGGGUUAUUAUACAGCAAGAAACAAAAAAAUGAAUUAAAAAGAAGUACAAGAAAAUAUGCUUACAUUCGCUACGGUGUGAAUGGCGCCUCUCGGGUACACCGAUAGAAGUUACGAUGGAACUACAUAGGAACCAAAACAAAGUAUCCUUUCGGCAUAUGGUGUGUUUUCCCCUACGGGUGGGCGAAACAGAGUAAAGCAAAAUUUGAAGCAUCAACAACAAGCACUACUCACGGCAUAUUUUUUGUCUAUGAUAAUAGAGUAAUUUUUAUGAAACAAUAAAAAGAUAUUGAAUGAACGUUGACGACGAAUUGGCGAAACCAUA